AGCGCUUCUUCGAUCAGACGGUCACCGGCCUCCCCUUCUUCCUCACUCUCGAGCCGACUGAGUGUUCCCCGGCGUGUCGUCGCCACCGCUCCUCUGCACAUUUCGAUGUGAUGGAGACGGGGUACGACUUCAUUCUCGGCACUCCAUGGUCUCGUCGGUUCCGCAGCACCGAGGCCGAUUGGGCGACCAACACUCUCGUUCUCAAAACGAAGUGUGGACAAACGUAUCGCGUACCUUUCAUAGGUACCACGGCGAUACCACGCCCCGAUCCUCCUCCCCCGGAGCCUUCAGUGCCCACACCAUCUCCCUCUAUCACUGUCACCUCGCCUCGGCAGUUCGCUCACUUCAUUCGACAGGACGAUGUCACCUUCUUUAUGGUGGACGUGACGGAUCUCUUACACUAUGAUCCACCCUGUCCCGACGCCGAGCUCAUCCCUCUGGAGCCAGAUCCUCCCUCUAUCUCCAUGGCUCCCAUCUCUACUUUCGUCCCUCCGCCGUCCGUCGAGUCCACCCCGCCGUCGCGCGCCGACGCUGACGCUGAGGAACUCGCACGAUAUACGUCUGACUUGGAGCCCGCAGUUCGUGACCUCAUCCGAGAGUACCACGACGUUUUUCCAUUGUCGUUCUCGUACGCCGGCAUCCCAUCGAUGCGUGACGUCGAGCACUCCAUUCAGCUCGUGCCUGACUAUCGUGUUCACCACCAGGCACCCUACAGACUCUCGAUCCCCGAGGCCACCGAACUCAAGCGUCAGCUUGAGGAGCUCCUGAGACUGGGUUUCAUUAAACCCAGCAACUCCCCGUGGGGUGCACCCGUCCUCUUUGCUCGCAAAGCGGAUGAAACUCUUCGUCUUUGCAUCGACUACCGCGGCCUCAACCGCUACACGGUUAAGAACAGCUACCCCAUGCCUUGUUCCGAUGAGUUGUUCGACCGCCUAGCAGGCAACCGCUUCUUUACGAAGAUUGAUCUUCGUAGCAGUUACCAUCAGAUCCGUGUCGCUGCAGCCGACCAGCCGAAGACCGCGUUCCGAUCGCGAUUCGGCCACUACGAAUUCAUGGUGAUGCCAUUCGGCAUCACCAACGCACCCGCUACCUUCCAGAGGGCGAUGAACGACAUCUUCAGGGACAUCCUGGGGUGUACCCGAUUCUGGCGACGGCUCCACGAGGUGUACGACACUCAGCUCCGCUUCUCCUCGUCUUACCAUCCUCAGACUGAUGGUCAAACCGAGAUCACGAACAGGACUCUCGGGGAUAUUCUCCGAAAGAUUGUUCGUGACGACCAGCAGUGGGAUCUCCAUCUUGCCCACGCGGAGAUAACCUACAACCACGCCGUCUCGCCAGCCACGGGGAUAUCACCUUACUAUUGCGACCUCGGCUAUCACCCGUGUGUUCCCGCGGACUUCCUUCGACCGUCCCAGAUGCACCCCGACACGAGUUGUGCUGCGUUGGAUGAUUGGGUUGCACACAUGACGUUGAUUAUGAAGACCGCACAUGAGCACAUAGCCGCUUCCCAGAUUCGCAUGGCAGCACGUGCGAACCGAUCGCGGAUGGAUCACCCAUUCAAGAUCGCCACAACUUCCAAUUUCGCGAUUCUCAGAUUGGAGAAGGGGCAAAGCAUAGAGGAAAGACUGAACGCAUUGAUACCAAAAGAGAAACCUCUGAAGGAAGGAGUGUUUGGGGAGGUGUUGAGAGUGCAGUCAUCAAGCGGGAAAGAGCAAGGGGAAGAUGGGGAAAUCAUGGAUGUCAAACCAGUGGUAGCAAUAUACAACAAAAAAGCAAAAGUGAACAGCAGUCUGCAAUGGAAACCAUGGUGGCAGAUCUCUCAGCUCCCCUACACGGCGCUGGGAUCAACAGCUUUGCCGGAAUUACCAGCGGCAAGCUUGUCACAAGCUUUUGCCAUGCGCAUUCAGCGGGUGUCGAUCCCUGAAAUCGGGGAGGCAUUACAUCACAUACCUGAGAAGGGAGAAGGAGUGACCUUACAGCCAAUGAGCCCCACAAGAUCUACCUAAAUACACGCAACACAGGAAAGCAGUAACCUCAAGAAUAGAGAACCAUGGAAACAGGAGAGGAUAGAAAUGAAAGAGGAUUAAAGGA